AUCACAAACUGCACAACUCCAGAUCAUGAGUACGAUAGAAGAAAAUUUAGCUCCCAUUCCGAAUGAUCUCAUUGUCCAGAUAUUGUCGAGAUUGCCUGCAGAAUCAGUAGCGAGGUGUCGUUGUCUGUCGAAGCUGUGGGGAUCCAUACUCCACCGUCCAUAUUUCACCGAGUUGUUCUUGACUAGGUCAUGGGCUCGUCCACGUCUCUUAUUCGCCCUUAAACGAGAAGAUGCCUGGAGCUUCUACUCUUUGCCUCAGCGUCAACAUGAUCUACAUGACAAGGCGUCGCCUCCUCUAGUAGCCUACUCAGAUUUUCACAUGAAGUUCCCCAAAGACAUUAUUUCUCCAGAAUAUCAUGGCUUUACCUCUGGUUUGAUCUGUUUCUCUAGGAAGUCGAUCACACUGAAGAGUCAGGAGGAGACUGUGAUUUGUGAACCUAGAACGGGACAAUAUGCCACCGUACCUAAACUGUUACGGUAUGGGAAAAGCUUUUUAGGGUAUGAUCCUAUUGGCAAGCAAUUCAAGGUACUGUUCAUGGACCAUACAGAUUGUGUUACACAUUGUUCUGAUGUUCACAGAGUUCUGACUCUAGGAAAUGGAAUAAUGGAGUGGAGGAAGAUCAAAUGUUCAUGUUCUUUAUUUCAUCAUGUUAUGGAUGAUGAAGGGAUAUGCAUCAAUGGAAUUUUGUAUUUCUCAUCUAAACAGCGUUAUUAUUUUCCGUGUGAUGUGAAGAUAGUUUGCUUUGAUGUUAGAUCUGAGAAAUUCAAGUCUAUUGAUGUAGAAUGGGAUAGUGGUUGGCAUGUUAAAUUGGUAAAUUAUAAGGGAAAAAUCGGUGUGGUUACUUGGAAGGGCCUGUAUGAGUUGAGUAUAUCGGUUCUAGAGGAUGUUGAGAAACAAGAAUGGUCUAAAUAUGUCUACACUUUGCCGGAGAAUAAUAUCCUUGAUUCCUCCAAAUAUUCCAUCGCUGGAGUGACUGCUACAGGUGAAAUUGUUUUCUCGGGGAAUUUUACACGUGGACCGUUUUAUGUUGUCUACUUCAGUCUCGAAAGCAACACUCUACAAAGUGUCGAGAUCCAAGGUUUGGAGAAAGAUCAUAGAGUUUGCGCUUAUGUAGACCUUGUAGAGGAUCUUAAUGUUAACAAUGCAAAGUACCUCAAAUCAAGCCCACGCCUAAAUGUCAUUACCGUUAGGCCGAAACCACAAGAGCGCAACUCUGCUCUAUCUGUGAAGAACAAGCCUUGAUCCUUCAGAACAAGUACGAUAUGUUAGCUAACCUCGACGAUUGAGAACAGGUGCUGGUUUGUUGUGUUGGCUAAUCUAUCUUUCGUUGUCUUUCGCUUGGCUUAGUUAUUUUGUGCCUUUUUUGUUACCAACUUCAUUUCCUAAUUGUGUUACUCAUUAC